AGAGCAAACAAGCACAGUUUUGUAGAUUCACAUGCAGUCACUGCAAUGGCCAAGACACACCACUUCAUCACUGGAUUAUUGAUUUUUUUCUCAUUGCAAAAGGCAUUAUGCAUUUCAGUGGACGAACUUGAGGCUAGCUACUGGAACAACAAGGCUAAAGAAGCUCUUAAUGCUGCCAUUCAAGUGCCACGCAACCUUGAAAGAGCCAAAAAUCUCAUCCUCUUCCUUGGAGAUGGUAUGGGCAUGGCAACAGUGACGGCAGCGCGGAUGCUUAAAGGCCAACUGGCAAGACAAUCUGGAGAGGAGAGCAGUUUGGUCAUGGAUACUUUUCCUUAUGUCGCACUAUCCAAGACAUACAAUGUGGAUGAGCAAAUGCCGGACAGUGCUGGAACAGCAACAGCUUACUUAUGUGGUGUAAAAGCCAACUAUGGCACCUUGGGUGUCACUGCUGCUACCACAAGGGAUAACUGUCUUACCUCCUUCGGGAACAAUGUCUCUUCUAUCUUGCACCGGGCCAAGAGAGCAGGAAAAGCUGUUGGAAUCGUCACAACCACGAGAGUUCAGCAUGCAUCCCCUGCGGCAAGUUAUGCUCACUCUGCCAGCAGGGACUGGUAUUCAGACUCAGAUCUCACUGAGGAGGCUCUCCAAAAUGGCUGUAAAGACAUAGCCUACCAACUGAUUAACAACACAGAGAUAAAUGUCAUUCUUGGUGGAGGUCGUCAGUACAUGUUUCCCAAAAACACGCCCGAUCCAGAGUAUCCAACUCUUACAGGAAGCCGGAAUGAUGGUCUAGAUCUUGUUGAGGAGUGGAAGAAGAAUAAAGAUACGGCUAAAUAUGUUUGGGACAAAAAAGGGUUUGAUGCAGUCAAUCAUAGAACCACAGACAAUCUCAUGGGACUAUUUGAACCCAAAGACUGCCGUUAUGAGUUGGAAAGGGACCCAUCGAUGGACCCUUCACUCACAGAGAUGACAGAGAAGGCAAUUAGGAUUCUAAGCAAGAAGCCGGAGGGAUUUUUUCUGUUUGUAGAAGGGGGGAGAAUUGAUCAUGCUCAUCAUGGUGGACAGGCUAAACUAGCUCUACAUGAAGCAGUAGAGUUUGACCGCGCCAUCGGACGAGCAGCUGAACUCACCAGUGAACUCGACACUCUCACGAUAGUGACUGCUGACCACUCUCAUGUCUUUGCUUUUGGAGGAUACUCUGCCAGAGGAAACCCCGUUCUAGGAGUAUCUCGUGAACUGGCAGAUGAUGGCAAACACUUCACCACUACUGUAUAUGGAAAUGGGCCAGGAUAUCAGAUUGCCAAUGGAAGUCGACCGGAUGUGAAUGACACUGUCUCUUCAACCAAUGAUUACCGUCAGCAGGCUGCCGUUCCUCUUGAGUCAGAGACUCACGGUAUAGAAGACGUGGCCAUCUUUGCCAAAGGUCCAAUGUCACACCUUAUUCAUGGGGUCCAGGAGCAGAAUUACAUUGCACAUGUCCUGGCUUAUGCAGCCUGCCUAGAGCCCUAUGAAAACUGCAGAAGCCAUGCAGCAGCAUUUCACCUGAGUCUGCUGCUGCUUCUGAUGAGCCUCUUUCAUUCCUUCUGCUCUGUCUGAGAUUAGAAUAGGUUUUGACCUGAUUUUGGAAUAUCUGCUAUUUUGCAUACUGGUUAAAACAUAAAUUAUUCAUUUUAAAGUCACGUGUAAAACCUAAAUUGUAACAUAUUUUUUAUCAACUUUUAUUAACUUGAUUUUUGGAUGAUAGCAAAAUUAUAAAAUAUUGUUAAUUUUUAAAAGAUCUGUUUGUUUACCAAUAAUGUUCUUAUUAUUUUAUUUGUUUUGAUUUGAAUAAUGCUAUUAUCUUUAAUACAUUUUUGAGAGUAAGCUAUCAAAGAAAGGGUCUUUUAAAAAAUUCUCAGACACAUUUUUAAUUUACAUUUUCACUUUUGAAUAUAAAAACAGCCUGUAUAUUCCUAUUUACACAACAGCUUUAAUAGCAACCAUGUAUUUUCUGAAAUAUUUGUCCUUCUCAUCUAUCUGCAACCUGACAGUGCCCCACAUUUGUAUUUAUUUUGAAAAUGUUUGAAUAGUAUUUAGAAGUUUCCUUUCUGUCUCUUAGUGUGUUUUACUUGAGGAUAUAACUAUAGAAAACAAAUAAAAAAAACAAAAUCGAAGUUUGCUUUCUCAUCAUGUCAUCUCAGCCAAAUGGGUAAAGUGUUUUUGUAGAUGGAAAUUGUCUUGUCUCUGCUGUCUAACAGCAAACACUCUUUUAGAAAGUCCAAUCAAAACCCAAUAAAAUUGUUCAUAAAAAUAA